AUGACUGAUCGUCUUUCAAAAACUUAUCCAUUAUGGCCUCAUGAAUAUUCAUAUCCAAAAGAAGAAUAUCAAUGGUCUUUAUUAUUAAAAAGACAAGAAGAAUAUUAUCAAGCGAAAUUAACUGGUCUUCGUUCUGUCUUAAUAUCAACUCAUAAUGCGUUAAAAAAAUGUUUGUCUCCAUUUGACGAAAAACAUAAAUAAAUAAAGAAUUUUUCUUUUUUUUGUAACAGAUAACAGAUGCUUUAAAUGAAUUAACAAACGUAAGCAGCGGAACAAGUUCAAAUGCACCUAUUGAUCAUCUUCAUUCACUCUAGUUUUAUUUUGGUGCUAGUUUUUUUUUAAACCGCUGUUUUUAUUUCUUAGCUUGCUCUGAUAUUGAACAGUCUUUAUAAAGUUUUUGUUCAUACAUUCAGAAUAUUUUGUUCAUGUUUAUGAAAUGAAUGCAUUUACUUUAUUUAGUAUGAUAGUAAAAAUAUCAUAAAUUGCAUAAUGACAGAUAUGUAUUCUAUUCUUGUGACAUUGAACAAUAUAAAUCUGAUUUAAGAAAGAAGUGUUUAAAAAAGUUUCUCAACUACUACAUGUCGCUGACUAUUUUUUUUUUCAGAUGAGAAUAUUAU